AUGGCAAGUAUCACCAAACACAUAGCAACAUCAAUCCCACCAAAACCAAGUAUACUCUUGAUCGGCAAACUCCACCAUUGCAAGAGUGAAUGGUCCAAACUGCAAAUCAAAUACAGAACAUAUGAGUUCACAGGCAACCGCCAGCAAUUUUUACAGAACUGUCAAUCCGGAACAUGGGAUGGGGUUGCAGCACUUUACCGAACAAAUUCAACACUCGAGACCGGGCCAUUCGACAAGGAUCUUAUUCGCACCCUGCCAUCGACAUUGAGGUUUAUCUGUCUCAAUGGUGCAGGAUAUGAUGGGAUGGAUAUAAAAGCUUGUACCGAAAGAGGUAUACAGAUUUCUAAUACUCCAAAGGUCGUUGCGGAAGCCACGGCCGAUGUGGCCAUGUUCUUGAUGUUGGGUGCGUUGCGCCAGGCUAUGAUACCAUUAGUAUAUAUUAGGAAAGGACAAUGGAAAGGUGAUACGCCUCUAGGCCGUGACCCUGGGGGCAAAGUACUAGGGAUUUUGGGGAUGGGUGCUAUUGGACAGGCUAUUGCGCAUCGGGCUCGUGCGUUCGGGUUGAAUAUUAUCUACCAUAACCGUUCCAAGCUCCCUAGAGAUAAAGAAGGGGACAGCAAAUAUGUGACGUUUGAUGAACUUCUGCGAUAUUCUGAUAUCAUCAGUCUUAAUUUACCAGCUACAGAAAAGACUCGACAUAUCAUCUCGAAAGCCGAGUUCGAGAAGAUGAAGGAUGACGUGGUCAUUAUCAAUACAGCAAGAGGCUCGUUACUUGAUGAAGCAGCCUUGGUAGAGGCCUUGCAAACAGGUAAGAUUGCUUCUGCUGGAUUGGAUGUCUUUGAAAAUGAGCCGGUUGUCCACCCGGGCCUGCUCCACGACAACAGAGUUAUGAUUCUACCUCAUAUUGGGACGACAACACGUGAAACCAAGUGUGAAAUGGAGUUAUUGACUCUGCGGAACAUAGAUAAUGCCUUGAAUUAUGACAAGCUGCUCACACCGAUUCCAGAGCAACGGCAAGACUAG